GUUAAACCGGUCGGUUUAGUAUAUUGUGAAGGCAUAAGCAAGUUACAUUUGCGACACUGGCGACCACUUGCGUAGGAGCGUCGCCCUCAUUGAAGCAUUUGCACCCUUAACGUAAACGUGGGUUAUUAGUAUCAGCCCUCCUAACACACGAAAACUGAAUACUUGCAAUGCAGCUGCCGUGUAAUCUUCGACGAUUGACCUACAACACGCCAGUAAGGGCUCCCGCACUGAGCAUCCUAGCCAGCCAUUCCGGCAGGAGUGAAGGACGGAGGAGCAGCUUCGGAACCGGCAGGAAUGCAGGCGAGCGAGGCAGGAGCGGGGAGCAGCUCCCCAGCCGUGAGGACAGGAACAGGGGACCUCUGUUAGCUCCACGUGGCCCCAGCCGCCGCUGGGUCGCUGAGGAAGGUGUUGACGAUGACGCCAGGCAACGCCGCCGCCCGAGUCGGGACGCCGCCACUAACAACACGCCGGCGCCCCGGCGGCGUGCCCCUGCUUAUGACAGUGACGGCGAUGACGAUGAGAGUGAGGAGCAGCAUCAACGGCCGCCACGCCAGCAGCGGCGCCCUUCCACAGCCGGCAGGCCGCAUGACGCCAGAGUGAGGAGCCGUACGGCAGGUGACUCCACACCUCGGGUUGCGGCUGCGGAUUCGGUGGGGGAACCCAGGGCCGAGGGGGGGACACCCAAACAGGGGUCGCUGGUCGGCUUUGAUGCGGUGUACGAGCGGAUACGUGGGCAACACGAGGAGGGAAUCGCCGCAGGCCGGGAGACCUGGGAGAGGCUGCUGGGCCACCUCAGCUCCGCCCGCCAGGCCGCAGCUGCCCUGGAGCUCAUGCAGGCAGAUGCCCGGGUGCGGCAGGCGGCUGGCUGGGACUGGGGGACGCAUGGGUACGGCCAGACAGCCUACCAGCUGGUGCAGGCGGCAGCUGCUUCCGGCGCCCCCGAGCUUGCGGAGCAGCUGCUGGACCGCCGGGAGGAGCUACACCUCACGCUCAACAAGGACCUGAUCCCCACCCUAAUGCGCAAAGUGGCUGCCGCAAUGGCGGCUGGCGAUGGCGCCAGCAGCCGCAGCGGUAGUGGUGCAGGCGGACUGUACGACAACAUGGACGAGCAUGUGGUUGUCGUACAACGGUUGUACGAGCAAGAGGCAGCCCUGCGCGGCGCCAACUCACCCGAGGCGGCGUACGAGCUAAGUCGAGUGCUACGGCGCGCUGGAGACGUCGGCGCCGUGCGGUCGUUGCAUGCUCAAAUGCUGCGUGAAGGUCUCGCAGCGCGAGAUGGGCUGCUCGAGGAUGUGGAGCGAUGGCUACUCAAGCGCGGUGUGCGAGUUGCACGGCAAUGAUGAUGGGCCAGAAUCAAGGAAGUGCGUGUAAACUAUGCGUAUCUGGUGUAGCUAGCGGCAAAACCUAAACUCCUGUAGUAGUGUGUAAGAAUAACCGCCCGACGUGUUCCUUAGCUUCCUAGCUAAGAACCCAUGGGUCUUUCAUAGCAGUCCAUGCCCAUACUGCUUCUCCUGUCCCUCCUGGUGUAGUCACAUGAAACGAGGCAAGGCAGCUGAACCAUGGGUCACUGGUUCUGAAAUGCCACACACCAGGGUUGGUGUAGGAUUACCGUGUUUAGCAUUCCUUUGGCCUCAGACAUUGGUCACGUGGCUUGAGAACAAUUAUUAUUUACAGGUAGCUAAAUGGACUUGUGGAACGCGCCCUAACGCAGGGCGAGAAAUGCCAUGGAAUACGUUCUAUCAUGACAACAUGAACAUAAUAGAUAUGGAGCAGUCACUCCGACCAGAACGGAUAUGAUGCAGUGAUGAUGCUGCGUACGCCAAUUCCAAAUUCAACGAACGCCACACGCACCCUAAAUACCGUGCGUGCGUGCUGGCGAGCAGCUAUGCCGGCAUGCCACCAAAGACGGCAUCAUUAAUUUGCACGCAAUCCUAACAGUUCAAUCUAUACUGCAAGUGUUACUCAACAUCUCGUGUGCACGAGGAGCGCUCGCACAGCAUACAGUCCAAAUAUUGCCAAGUAAGGAGACACAAUUAAGCAAACAGUU